AUGGCGCUGACCACCUCAAUACCAUUGCGUGGCGUCGCCGCGCCGGGUCCGCCGACAUUGGUGAUCAGCAGCGGCGUCGCCCACGCCGGCUCCGCCGAUGCGCACGAGGCCCGCGUUGACGAGCUGUCCGCCCACCGUGAAAUGGCCGCCAGGGCCACCCUGAAAGCGCGGCAUGGCGUCGGCGACAGCAAGGACGCCGCUGUUGAGGACAUCGCCGCCCACUGCGCCAUAACCGCCAAGGGUCGCGCCGUUGGCGACGCUGACGCCGCCGCCGCCGAGGCUGGCGCCGGCAAGCAGGAGGUCGCCCGAGCCGGUCUUGGCCAGCCCGCCCGCGCCGCUCACCCCCUGGGUCAGCGUCGCCAGGGCGCCGGCCACCACAUCGAUGCCGCCGUUAUUGGCGGUAAUCUCAACGGCGCGGGUCGGCGCGAGCGUGAAGCUGCUGGUAAACCGCAAGGCGCCGCCAUCGAGGGUGACGCCGCCAGCAGGCGCGCCGAGCACGCCGUCAGAGCCGGCUGCCACUAG